AGCUGACGAGGACGCACAAGCAGCUGGAGAAGGCACAUGCCAAGCUGGAGAAGUCGCACGCCGCGCUGACGGAGUCGAGCGCCGCUCUGGAGCAGCAGGUGACGGAGUGGAAGACCCGCGCAUCGAGCCUGGACGCUGAGCGCGGCGACGUGUCGGAGCGCCUUGUGCGGCUGGAGGGCGAGCACGCGGAGCUGACGAGGACGCACAAGCAGCUGGAGAAGGCACAUGCCAAGCUGGAGAAGUCGCACGCCGCGCUGACGGAGUCGAGCGCCGCUCUGGAGCAGCAGGUGACGGAGUGGAAGACCCGCGCAUCGAGCCUGGACGCUGAGCGCGGCGACGUGUCGGAGCGCCUUGUGCGGCUGGAGGGCGAGCACGCGGAGCUGACGAGGACGCACAAGCAGCUGGAGAAGGCACAUGCCAAGCUGGAGAAGUCGCACGCCGCGCUGACGGAGUCGAGCGCCGCUCUGGAGCAGCAGGUGACGGAGUGGAAGACCCGCGCAUCGAGCCUGGACGCUGAGCGCGGCGACGUGUCGGAGCGCCUUGUGCGGCUGGAGGGCGAGCACGCGGAGCUGACGAGGACGCACAAGCAGCUGGAGAAGGCACAUGCCAAGCUGGAGAAGUCGCACGCCGCGCUGACGGAGUCGAGCGCCGCUCUGGAGCAGCAGGUGACGGAGUGGAAGACCCGCGCAUCGAGCCUGGACGCUGAGCGCGGCGACGUGUCGGAGCGCCUUGUGCGGCUGGAGGGCGAGCACGCGGAGCUGACGAGGACGCACAAGCAGCUGGAGAAGGCACAUGCUGUGGUGACGGAGUUGACCGCAGUUUCAGAGGAAAAGCUAUCUUGCGCUUUGAAAGUUUGCGAGUCGUUGAAGUCUUCUGUGGGCAAUGCCAGUGAUCAAGUCAGCGUAGCGGGAAUGGAGGUUGAGCGUCUGAGGGAAGAGGUUUUGAUGGCGGAAAGUCGGGCGCAUGAGUGGGAGUGCCGAUGUGGUGUUUUGAGAGUGCGCUUGGAGUUUUAUCGGGAGGCUUGUCGCGGUGGUUUAUGGACACCAAGUGUUGUGGAUAUAUUCAAGCAUCUUGACGUGAACUCGUCGAGGGCGUCGGAGGGAAAGUCGGCGGCAGCAACAUCCACGAGAUACCCGACCACGGCAAGGCUGGCCCAGCUUCUCCGAAGCGGCAAUUUCAGUGUCGUGUGA